AUGCUCAAGAAGUUCCGUUGUUCAGAAACGAGUCCUGUAAUGAAUUUAAUCAUUUAUGCAGAUAUACCUAUGAAUAUCAGUGUAGUUGGUUAUGCUACUCCUCCUUCGUUGCCUCCCACUUCUCCUUCACCAACAUCCACACAUGCAACUACGCAUGCGUCCACGGCUGCAUACACAACGCCCCCCACGGAAGCAUCUAGAGUAUCAGAAACGGUCGUGAACAGUACUGAAGAGCUAAAAUACGGUAAUCCAGUUGAAAUCCCUGUCGAUGUACAUCCUGGCUCAUCGUACAGUUUCAAUAUAACCAACGAGGAAGAUCAUAAACCAACCGGCGAAAUUCAAGUUAAAGUGACAAUGUGCAAUGCUAAUGAGGGUGAUGCGCAACCCGUGAAUUCCUCGAAAGAUGGUUUGUAUGAAAUUUCAGCAACUGAAAUACAGCAUUUGAUCAUUUAUUUCAAUUGUUCACAUAAAAGUCGAGUAAAACGUAGUCCUGGAAACGGGAAAUACAAAAUGUAUUUAUUCAUCACCGGUACAAAUAAAAUGAGCGCGGCAAAAAAUAUCAGCGUACUUGGUAUAAGUACACCUACUGAACUCCUUGGGACUACUCCGACCCCUAGAAGUGCGAAACCGUCAACUUCAUUAAGUGCCGGUUGGAUUGUUGGAAUCGUGUUAAUGGCAAUAUUUGUGGUGGCGCUGAUUAUUGCAAUCGCUAUAUUUGUCUAUUUUUAUAUGAAGAGAAGAAGAGGAUCGAUCAGUGAAGACCGCGAGGGUCUUUUUAAAAGGCAAUCAUUUGUCGACGAAGUGCUCCCUAGAACCUUGCCACUUCCAAGAAUACUCGGUGAUUACCAAAAACCACAAACAUCCUCCAUGAUCCCUGCAACCAUCAAUUCCCCUAGCUCACGACCCUUCAACUAUCCUCAACCAUCCUCAAAUUAUCCAAUACUCAGACGUCCCAAUAUUCAGCCACUAGAGCCCAAUAUCGCAUCGCCCAUAAAUCCGGUAACACCUAACAACAACCUCUAUCAACCAAGAGGACUCAGAAGGAAUUAUUGA